ACCCUCUCUCUCUCUCUCUCUCUCUCUCUCCACCCAACUCUCAACGCAUCAGCAGAGCCAAAGAAAAAUUUGCAAGAAGUGCCAAAAUGGUUUCUACAGAACAAAUCCCAAAGCACCCCACAAUGCCAGAGGUGGUGGAGGAGCUUAAAGCAAUAGGAGACCUGGGCUUUCCCAUAGCCGCCAUCAGCUUGGUGGGCUACCUCAAGAACAUGAUACUGGUGGCAUGCAUGGGCAAGCUGGGAAGCCUGGAGCUCGCCGGCGGCGCCCUCGCCAUCGGCUUCACCAACAUCACCGGCUACUCCGUUCUCUCGGGUCUGGCCAUGGGCAUGGAGCCCAUUUGCAGCCAAGGAUUCGGGUCCAAAAACUUCUCCCUGGUCUCCCUCACCUUCCAGAGAACCACCCUAAUGCUCCUACUAGCCUCCCUGCCCAUUGGGCUCUUGUGGGUCAACCUCCGUCCCCUCAUGCUCCUGCUCCACCAGGACCCGGACAUCACCCGGGUUGCCAGCCUCUACUGCCGGGUCGCCAUUCCGGAUCUCCUCGCCAACAGCCUUCUCCACCCGCUCCGAAUCUACUUGCGCAGCAAAGGCUCGACCUGGCCCAUCAUGUGGUGCACUUUACUAGCAACCUCUCUUCACCUCCCCAUUACAAUUUUCUUAUCCUUCACUCUCGCUCUUGGGGUCCCUGGCGUCGCUGUCUCCACUUUUCUCACUAAUUUUAACAUCGUCCUCUUUCUCUUGUGCUACAUUUUUUACGCUCGCACCCCUGAAGAGCCCUUGUUCUUUUAUGUAGGCAAGCCACGAAAGGAGUUAGCGAGAUUUGAAACCUAUGCAAGUAUUGAGCCCAAUGAAGAGCUCAUCACCAACGGGCCAUCUCGUAAAAUCCACGAAAAACCCUUAUCUAAGCCAUUACUAAUAACAUCGGCCCCGUACCCGCUUCCUCCUUUGACUCCUACUAGUACUACUUUGGGCCAAGAAUGGGGAAUGCUACUCCGGCUCGCAAUACCGAGCUGCCUUUCGGUGUGUUUGGAGUGGUGGUGGUACGAGUUCAUGACGCUUCUCGCUGGUUAUCUUCACAACCCGCAAGUCGCCCUCGCGACAUCGGCCAUCGUGAUACAAACCACUUCCCUCAUGUACACAUUGCCAACGACUUUGAGCUCCUCGGUGUCGACCCGGGUGGGGAAUGAGCUCGGAGCAGGCAGGCCCGAGAAGGCCCGUUUGGCGACGAUGGUUGCGAUCAGGCUGGCCCUGGUGGGCUCGGUGUUUGGGCUGGUUUGGACCACAGUGGGGGGUGAAGCAUGGGGGAAGGUCUUCACAGAGGACAGUGAGGUUCUGCAGUUGACGAAGGCUGUGCUGCCCAUAAUUGGGCUUUGUGAGCUUGCAAAUUGUCCACAGACCACAAGCUGUGGGGUUCUCAGGGGCAGUGCAAGGCCUGGGGUUGGGGCUGGGAUCAACUUCUACUCAUUCUACUUGGUGGGUACUCCUGUGGCCAUGGUUUUGGCCUUUGUUUGGAAACUAGGGUUUGUGGGCCUUUGUUAUGGGCUUUUGGCGGCCCAAAUUGCAUGUGUAGUAUCCAUCUUGACAGUGAUUAGUAGGACAGAUUGGGAGAAGGAGUCCUUGAAGGCUAAAGAGCUAGUGGGAAGAGCACAUGAUGAUGACAAAACAAUGGUGAAAUGUGAAGAGGGAGUUGGGUGCUAGCAUAAAGCUGUAGCUAGUAUAUUUUUGAGAAGUGAAAGUGGGCAUUUAUUUUUUUUUAUGGGUGGAAGGGAACACACAUAAAGAUUAAAGAACAUAGAUUUUAAGGGGGCAAAGUCAAAGCACAGAGUUGGACAUCGAUCCCAUAACAUCAUCAUCAUCAUCAUCAUAUUCGGUCAUAUUUAUUAUGUGAUUCCAUUAGUAUUGCUUGGCUCCGCCUCUUUCUAAUUCCGUUGUCCCUACUAAUCUUUUGUACAUAUUUGUGGAAAUUGAUGUGCUCCAUUGGAUUGGUUGGGGUUGGCAUAUUACCCAAUUGUGUA